AUGGUUAGCCUGUCAGAAUGUGCAUUUGCCGAUGAUCUCAUGAUCUGUGCUGAACGGGAAAAAGACCUGCAAACUAAUCUAGAACUUUGGAACGCCGAAAUAGAAAUAAGAAAUCUGAAAAUUAAUGUAGCAAAAUCUAAAGUAAUGGUAAUCGGAAAAAAUGUCAAGGAAAUAAUCAAAAUUAAUAACAAUGAACUGGAACAGGUAAAUAUCUAUAAAUAUCUUGGAAUUAUGAUACAGCGUGAAGGCAGUAUGGAAGCUAAACUAAAUGAAAGAAUUAAUAAAGCAUUAAAGAUAUAUCAUACAAUGAGCAAAGCCUUCCUCGGAAACAAGAAAAUUAGAAGGAAAUCCAAUGUGAUUGUUUACAAGACCAUAUUUAGGCCAACAUUAAUUUAUGGUAGCGAAGGUUGGGUGCUAUCAAACAGAUUAAAGAGCAAGAUUCAUGCAGCAGGUAUGAAAUUUUUAAGGAAAGUCAAAGGAAUAACUAGACGAGACAAAAUCAGGAAUGAUAUAGUAAGGUCAGAACUGGGAGUAGAACCAAUCUUGCAUAGAGUUGAAGUACAACAAUUAAGAUGGUUUGGAGAUCUAAAUCGCAGUGAAGCUGACAAAAAAACAAAAAGCAGUGGGCUGCAAUGA